AUGACGGGGGGGUCGAAAUUCCCAGAGAUGGACGUCUUUGGUGACGUUUAUGUUCGACCUGGGAAUGAGUUGGCCGAAUCCCUUCAUACAACGAUGGUGGAGAUGAGCCAGUUGGUUCUUCAGGAGUCUGCCUCCCAACUUCCUCCCGAGACUUCAAUCGAGUCUGUUGAUCCUCCACAGGAUGCUGGAUUUCAGAUCUUGACGGAGACGUUGGAUCAUACUUUCGAGAGGAGGCCGGGAACAUAUUGUCGAGGAAUGGGGAAUGUCCGAUAUAGGGAAUCUAGACCCCGGUUAUCGUCGCAGGCAAAUAGUCAGGUGACUGUUUUGACAUCACGGGUGGCCGAGCUUGAGGGUCAGAUGUCGGUGAUUCUACAGUCCCUCGCGCGGUCCGGCAUUCCAAUCCCGAAUUUUGGUGCGCCAACCUCCGAGCCCGUCCACCCCGAGCAUCCCCACCAGACCACGGCCCCUUUAGACCCCCAGACCUCCGAGCCGCAUAUGCCAAACGACCAUGUAGAUUUUGGAACAUUAUUUGAUUAG